AUGCGACUAUCAACAUCGUCAGCGGCCUCCCUCGGUCUGCUAUGGAUCACAUUUGCUCUGUCAAUUGUCGGCGCCGUAGCAACAGCUGGGGAAGAGUAUUUCGCUGGAGAACACGUGCAUUUGAUUGCGAGGCAACAGCUGCCUGAUCUGAGCAAUAUAUCAACAUGUGGUGUAAUUGAACUGCCUCGUACAGGGUAUCGGGCAGGGGUGCGCCUCACGAACACAACUUGCUCCUGUGCGAGCACCGGUCUGGGUCAGCUCGUCGGACCUUGCUUGAUUGCAAACUGCACCAUGCAAGACUCCCUGGAUGUCGCGAAACUGCAACAAACGCAGUGCAAUCACGAAUCCGAUACCGGCAAAAUUCUUGCCAUUCUAAUCACCGUCUAUGUCACGGCUGUCAUUGCGAUUGUCUUGCGGCUUCUUGCCAAAAACAUGGCAAAGACGUGGAGUCUCGACGAUGCGUUAAUUAUUGCGGCGAUUGUAAUUGCGAUUGCCCUGUAUCUGCAAUUCUUGUCAAGCUUAGGAUUUGGGAAGCACCUUUACGAUCUUAAACCGGGUGGCUUACUGCAGAUUCUGCGACCUGUACGUAUAUCCCAUUCAUACUCAAGCCAUCUUCCUAAUCCUUUUGCAGUGUACGCCGCCGAGAUUGUGUACGUCUUUUUCCGCAUCGCUGCAUACACCCUGAUCGGGUUCCUUAUCGUCGGCCAGGUGGUUAUCGGCUUUCUUACAAUUUUCUCGUGUCACCCGAUCGAGUUAUUCUGGAACAAGGACAUUCACACAGGCGCCUGCCUCGACGUCAACCAACUUGCCUACGCAAACUCUGCUCUGGCUAUCAUCCAGGACCUUCUUAUCCUCGCCCUCCCGAUUGCGAUGCUUCCAGGCCUUCAAAUGAAUCGGAACAAGAAGGUUUCGGUUGCCAUGGUAUUUCUUCUCGGAUCUGUCGGCUUCGUUUCGACCAUUAUCCGUCUUCAGGUUCUCGCAGUGUUUGGAAACUCCAUCGACCCGACGUGGGACUAUGCGCCCGUUGUGUGGUGGACGACAAUCGAACUAGGUGUCGUCGUGGUGUGCGCCUGUGCGCCCAUGAUCCGCAACUUGGUCGAGAAGAAGUUCCCCGGCUUUGCGCUCUUCGCGAGGUGGACCACCCCGAAGCCAUCCAAGGGCAGCAGUCCGUCCUCGAACGCCAGCGUGGACAAGCCGGCGAAGGCUGCUGGGCGAUAUCAGAAGUUCGGGCGCAGUAACAGCCCGCCUCAAUUUAGUGACAAUUACGUUCGCGAUUACAUCACUAGUCCCAAAGGCCCUCCAGUACCCCCCAAGGACGAUCUGCCGCCAUCUCGUAGGUACCGGGACAUGUACGCCUACGGUGGAUCCAAGCCGAAGGUGCUUGAGCCCUCGUCGCCAUCCUCAGCCGUACGACCUCUCGCAACGCUCGGUCUUGUAGCCCUGUCACUGGUCGCCUCGGUCGUGGGACAUGGCGAUGGUGAUCUUCAACGUUACAUGGCCUUGGAAACCUGCCCGCCGCUGAAGAUUGUCAACGGGGUCAACUUCACCACGCGGGCGUACUGGAUGCGCCAGGCCAACCUGGCCCUACCCAACCCAUGCCCGUUCGCGGCCUUUGGCUCAGUGAUUGUUAACCACACUACGGGCGGCUUGGGGGAGCUGGUCUGCACCGGCGCGAACAACAAUGCUGGCACAGGCAACCCGACCCUGCAUGGGGAGAUGGCGGCCAUCGACAACUGCUCGGCAAUCUUUGUAGAUCCCCAGGGUCCAUACCGGAUGACGCCGGCCCAGGCCCUGGCCGCCUUUGCCAACCUGACCAUCUACACCAACGCCGAGAGCUGCCCCAUGUGCGCGUCGGCGGUGCGCUGGGCAGGCUUCAGGGAAUACGUCUUUGGCACGAGCAUCGAGACCCUCACGGAGGAGGGAUGGGGCCAGAUCCAAAUCACGUCCAGGGACGUCUUCCGGCAGUCCUCAGGCUUACCCCGCCGAACAAGGUUGCUUGGUCCGGUCUUGACGAACGAGACGGACCCCUUCUUUAGUUGGCAGUUUAAUGCGGGCGCGCCUUGCCCGCAGGGCUGUUCUCGGGGCGGAAGUGCAGGCGGUUGCGUUCCUGCAUGAUGGGGGCCGCUCGAGGUGUACUCGGAUUGGGUUGAACAAGGUUGCGGUUCUGCUCUCAAGGACCCCUCCAACUGAAGCAACUUUCGCCGGGUUUUCUGUAAGAGGGGUUUCUAGUCCGUUGGCUUCAUCACAUUCAUCAUGGACAGCAUUUGGGUGUCGCUUGCUCGAAGCGACUUCCUCUUUCGUUCUCAACAUGAGAACUCCGAGCCGAGCUCAUCUGCCGAGAUUGUCAGACAAGGAAACACAACACCAUACUCCCAUUCGAAAACCUGUGAUACAAAAGCAUCAUUGAAAGAUGAUUAAACUCAGCAUAACGUUUCCAGCUGCACAAAUAAUGAUGAUGGAACAUGAGAUAACUGGGUAGGACACGAGAUGUCUGCGUGAGCAAAAAUCAAAAGAAACUCGCUCCCACACAUGAACGUCCUGAGUCGUACGGCCGUGUGAUCACGAUGAUAUAAAUGACCC